AUGGUACUACAGUAUGAUGAGAGCGUUCGCAACCUGCUGUAUCGGAGAUCAUGCCAAUACACGCAGGGUGAGCGCUCUGGAGGCCACGUCGAGGAGGCCGCCGACCUCGUCGAGAAGGUGAAGAGCUUCACCAAGCGUUAUCCGAAUAGUCGGACAGCUUAUGCUUGCAGAGCUGAGGGGGGAUGCACUCCCGACGCUAUCGCUGAAGCCAUCCGCUCGACAUGUCGGCAGGCGAGACGCGACCUGUUUGAAGACUCUCUGAGCGAAUGGAGCUCAGAGUCGAGAGCAUGGUUUAUUCAACAGAUGGAGGAGGCCAAGAAGCAGAAUGUCGAGACAUACAUCGGCACCGAAGGCACCGAGGGGACCUCCUUCAUCUCCAUGACUCUCCUAGGGAUUUCCUCGAUGUUUGUUCGACAAGAAGAAAAGUUGAAAUCGAAGCUUAUGGAGCUGGAUCUCAUGGUAGACUCAGUCGAUGGAGUCGACAAGGCCAUCAUGUGGAAAGCACCUUACAGACCUGAGAUAGCACGAGCAGACGACAUCUCAGUCACCGUCUCCUUCCUUCGGAAUGAAGCAGCCAUGGAGCUAUGGGAAGGCAGGAGAGAAUACACCAUAGACGGCAGAUCGUUUCGAGCCACAGAGGUCAGCAUUGCACACGACCGGUCGUUCAAGCUUCGAGCCAAGCGAGGACCUUGGGGCAAGGGAGGAUGGAAGCAGCGUCGCCAGGAGGAGCUGCUAGCUGGCAAGCCGAUCUCCCUGGAGCUAGACAAGAGUGUUGGGAAGCUGCAUGACACCUUCUGCUCGCCGGGCAACGUGGAGUUCAUGACGCUCGGAGCUUGGGCAGCCACGCCGACGCUGGGAUCGAAGCGAAACAUGUUGAAAGAAAAGCUCAGAGCGUACCUCGGCGAGCAGCGCUGGACACGGGUGCAAGGGAAUAAGGCAGCGAGGAGGGGCAGCGCCUUCUCUCCAAGGGCAGCAGCGACUGAUGCACUCGAGCAGGAGGCUGAGAGCGAUGACAUCGAGAGUCGAUCUGUAAGCCUCUUGUUUCUUGCGAUCAGUAAAUUUGCUGAGCACCAUGGGUUGAGCUGCACGGGCAAGGUCGACAAGCAAGACCGACUGCGGCUGAUGAUGAGGGAGGAAGUCGACAUGGAGGCUGAGGAGGGCGAGGGCGUGGAGGAGGAGGCCGGUGCAGGCCUCUCGCGCGCUUGA